AUGGGGAAAACUCAACUUGCUCCUGGUUUCCGGUUUCACCCUACUGAUGUUGAGCUCGUGAGAUAUUACUUGAAGAGGAAAGUGUUGGGGAAGAAGCUCCUCGUUGAUGCUAUUGCUGAACUUGACAUUUACAAGUUCGAACCUUCUGAUUUACCUGAUAAGUCUUUUAUAAAGAGUGGUGAUCUGAAGUGGCACUUUUUCUGCCCAAGGGAAAAGAAAUAUUCAACUGGAGUUAGGGCUAACCGAGCAACUGCCUGUGGUUACUGGAAGACCACAGGGAAGGAGAGGGAUGUUUUGUGUAAUGGUGAAGUUGCUGGAAAGAUUAAGACUCUGGUUUAUCACUUUGGGAAGUCACCUCGUGGGGAGCGGACUGAUUGGGUUAUCCAUGAGUACAGGCUUGAGGACAAGGCACUAACGCAGAAGAAUGUUCCUCAGGAUACUUAUGUGCUGUGUGUUCUGUUCAAGAAAGAUGGACCGGGACCUAGAAAUGGAGCUCAGUAUGGCGCUCCGUUUAAGGAUGAGGACUGGAGCGAUGAGGAACAAGAACAUACUGAUGUUCCCACAAUUCUUCACGGAGAAACCAGUCUUGUUGUGGCGUCCUCACAUGUCCCUAAUAAGGAUUGUUCUGGUGGCAUUAUAUCUGAAUCAUGCUUCUCUGAUUUCCUACAAGCUACAACCACUAGCAGCGAUGUUCCACAUGUGAAUGUUGCGGCUAACACUCCUAUGGCUGCUGCACCACUUCCUGAUGCUAAUGGCAUUUCCUCUCUGGCACCGACCCUAGAAGCUCCCAACAACGAUGAUGACAUAUAUUCAAUGUUGGAUCUUUUUGUUGACGAGGAUGAGUACUUGCGUUUUUGUGAGCCCAACAACAGUGAGAUAAGACAUGAUCCCAAUGUCUCAGCUCCUACCUGCUUAGGGGAAGAAGAAGGCAUAUUCAGCGAACUACCAGACUUCACCGGCAUACCAUGGACACCCUCUUACGACCUAAAUGAAAACUUGGAGGUAUACUUGGAGCUACAAGAUCUCACAGCUCCAUUAGGACCACCUCAGAUUGGAAAUGGCAGUGACUCUUAUCUGAGCGAUCAAGUCCAGUUUGAUUUCUCCACUGCUGCUAAUGAUGAUGAUCCUUAUGGCUUUUCUCCGUCCAUGGGACACGGACCAGACACAUGAAAAGGGGUUUGAAACCAAUAAUCCUCUUCUGCCAAUUUGGUCCUCUCCAUGUCUGAAAUGCUUCUGUCUUCACAAGAAGCAUUUCAGAGAGACCAUUGAACCAUAUGACAAUGAGCACCCUUGUAUAUAUGUUUUUGAAACUCUUUUAUGUCUCAAACUCUAAUCCCCCAUUACCAGCAGUGUGUACUAGGAUUUUCAUCUUUCAAAAUGAUGGCAUUGGAUUUUGCAGUCGUUGGUUUUACCAAUUCUGGUCUCUAGUGAUAUUAUUAAAGAUCCUGUAUAUAAUAGC